AUGCCGAAGGAGAUACCGGUGCCAAGCAACAGGACAAGAGUGUCACCAUACCCGCUUCGCUCUACAAGGACUCAGAAAGAACCUAUUGAGGCACAAGGCCCAAGCCAAUGGGAGGAUGUCCAGUGUGUAAUCUGUCAGGAAGCGCCACACAAUGCCAUCCUCUUGCGGUGCUUUUCAUCCACUAAUGGAUGCCGUGCUUACAUGUGUGACACAAGUGUUCGUCACUCCAACUGUUUCAAGCAGUACUGCAAGAAUAACAUGAACCGCGUAACGAAGGUCAUGAACUGUCCUUACUGCAGAGGAGAGGUUUAUGAGGCGAUGAAGUUGCACUCGGGUGGAAGGAGAGCUCUAAAUGCUAAAUCGAGGUCUUGCGCUUUUGAGAAUUGCAACUUCUCAGGGACAUAUUCUCAGCUUAAGAAUCACUUGAAAGCUGAUCACCCCGGUUUCACCCGACCCUUGGUCGACCAAUGGACACGUUGGACAAGUGAACAGGUUCAAAGUCUAAGAAUAUUAAUUGUUAUAUGA